AUGUCUGCUAUUUGUGCUGCUUCAAACUGUGGGAAGGAGACCACCUCUUCCUUGAAAUGUCCGGUCUGUUUGAAAGAAGGUACAACUAAGGUUUUUUGUAACCAACUUUGCUUCCGUAGUAACUGGGGGAACCACAAAGCUACCCAUAAGAAUGAAGACGGUACGAAUGAAUCUUAUAAUCCAUUUCCAAGCUUCAACUACUCUGGUGAUUUGAGACCAAGUUACCCAUUAUCACCAAGGAGAGCGAUUCCAAAGCAUAUUAAAGUGCCGGACUACGCACAAAAUGGUAGACCGAUUAGUGAAAUCAAGAACGACAGAGUUGGUAAAAUAACUAUAUUAAGUGAAAAAGAAAUCGAAAAGGUUAGAAAAGUAGGUAUAUUGUCUAGAGAAAUAUUAGAUAUUACAGCCAGUCAUAUUAAACCAGGUAUCACAUCAGAUGAAUUGGAUGCUAUUUUGCAUAAGGAAUGUAUUAAGAGAAAUGCUUACCCAUCUCCUUUGAACUAUUAUAAUUUCCCUAAGUCUAUAUGUACAUCUAUUAAUGAAGUUAUCUGUCACGGCAUUCCAGAUCAACGUAAAUUAGAGGAUGGUGACAUAAUCAACUUGGAUGUGACUAUUUACUACUUGGGAUUCCACUCUGACCUUAACGAAACCUACUAUGUGGGUGACAAGGCUAAAUGCAAUCCAGAAAUUGUCAACUUAGUGGAAACAACUAGAGAAUGCUUAGACUUGGCAAUUCAACAAGUUAAACCUGGCUUAAUUUUUAGAGACUUAGGUAACGUCAUUGAAGAGCAUGCCACCAAAAACAACUGUUCUGUUGUCAGAACAUACUGUGGUCAUGGUAUCAAUCAAUUAUUCCAUUGUCAGCCUAAUAUUCCGCAUUACGCUAAGAAUAAAGCAGUGGGUGUAGCCAAGCCAGGCAUGGUUUUUACCAUUGAGCCAAUGUUAUGUCAAGGCUCUUAUAGAGAUAUGAACUGGCCUGACAACUGGACUGCCGUGACUCAAGAUGGUAAAUAUUCUGCCCAAUUUGAACAAAUGUUAUUAGUCACUGAAGACGGAGUUGAAAUUUUAACUGCUAGAAACGACCAAUCUCCAGGUGGCGCUAUCCCUAGAAUUUAG